AUGAAGGCCGGCGUCUUCAUAGCCGUGUUGGUCUGCGCUUGCGCGAAGAUGGUUCGCUCUGAUUCCGUGCCCUUCAUCACGCCAUGCUACGCGAAGGACAGAGCGUGCUUGAGGUCUUCCGCUCAGCGGGCGCUGCCGGCGAUAGCGGCGGGUCUCCCGGGGCUGGGCGUGCGCAGCCUGGACCCGAUGCUCGUGGAACGCGUGCUUGCCUCUCAGGCCGGCCUGUCCAUGGACUUCACUAAUACGACAGUGCGAGGUCUGAGGCAUUGCCGGGUCUUGGACGUACAGAUGCGCGAUGUUGGCAGACGCCGCGGCCGCGAGAUGUCAGUGGAGCUACAAUGCUCCGUGGUGCUGGAGGGCGACUACCACCUCGACGGGCGCCUCCUGCUCUUCCCUAUUCAGGGCAAAGGUCCCUACAAAAUCAUCAUACGCGACAUCGUGGUGAAAGUUACCCUCGACACCGGAGAGCGCGUGGCUGACGGACACCACUACUGGACGGUGUUGGGGUGGAAGCACAGCGCCCACGUGCUCACGAAUGUCCACUACCGCUUCGACAAUCUCUUCAACGGCGACAAGGGGCUAGCCCAAACGGUGACGCGAUUCGCCAACUCGAACUGGAGGAACAUUUUCAACGAACUGUCGCCGCCCAUAGUGAAGGCGAUCGUCGCCAAGAUCGUCCGCGAAACGUCCAAGCUCUUUGACAGGGUGCCAAUUAGGGAACUUUCUCUCGACUGA